UCUAAAACAUUGUUAUCAUAAAUACUUCAACAUUUCACAUCUCUAUAAUCAUUUCAAUUCCAUUUCCAAAUCUCAAUAUAUUGCAUUAAAUUUAUUCUCUUAGCGUACAAAAAUGAGAUUAAUUAGUUUUGCUAUAUUGAUUUUGGCCACACUCACUGUGUCAGCUACAUCACGCCAUCAUCAUUCACCCGCGGUUUCACCGGCUCCGCCCCCGAGUGGCGGUGAAUCGCCAUCGUCAGUGCCGGCGCCAUCGGCUGAUUGCGAUAGCAUUGUGGUGGAUAUGUACGACUGCAUAGAUUUUGUGACAAGUGGCAGUAAUACCACGAAGCCGUCUUCGAGUUGUUGCACCGGACUCGAGAAUAUUGUGGAAGUAAGUCCCGAUUGCUUAUGUGAAGGAUAUAAUCUGGCUAAUCAAAUGGGAAUUAGUGUGAAUAUGACUCGAGCCACUGAAUUGCCUCGUGCUUGUAAAGUUAAUGUUCCUCCUUCUGCUCAAAACUGCAACGUCUCUCCCGCUCCUGGUGCAGGACCAGCUGGCCCUCCAGAUGCAGCAGCACCGGAGCUCCCACCAACCUCACCGUCCACUAAGCCACCAACAUCUCCAUCGACAGAGCCACCCUCUGAUGGUUCACCAUCCGCCCCGGCUAACGGAAACGCAGCUCCAAGCCCAUCAAAAGGAGGAGCAUAUUCAACUUCAGUCUCCCUUCUGAGUCUCAUUAGUUUAUUUGCUGUUUAUUUCUCCUUUGUGUUAGCUUAGUCAAUUAUUUUGCACCAUUAAUUAGGGCUUCCUCCUUUGGCAGUUGUUUAAUUUCAUGUUCUUUCUUAACUAAAAUUUAUUGGUUGCACCAGUGGAUUAAUUUCUUUUUCUUUAA